AAACAGAUAAUAAAGAGGAACAGGUAAUCAAUAGAACAAGUGAUAAAGUGGAAAUAGAUGAAAUUGAAAGAAAGAAUGUAAAGGUUAGUUCAAUAAAUGAUAAUGAAAUGAGUGAUAAGAAAUCUGAAGACUCACUUGAACAGAAUUCUGCAACAAACGAUCUGAAAAAUUACCAUGAAAACAGAGUAGAUGCAGAAAAAGAUAAUUUUGUUAAUGCAAUUGUUAAAAAUGACGAUAAAACAGUCUUUAAUCCUGAAAAACUAAAUAGGAGUAGUGAUGGAAUAUCUGAUAUAUGCUAUAAUGAAAUUAAUGUUAAAAAAGAUGAACGUGAUGCAUAUAAUAGUCACCAAGAUGAACUGAAU